AUGAAGUACCUGUGGCUCCUCUUCGUGGUGGCCGUUGCGGAUGCGAGCAUACGCUGGUUGCCCGCAGCGACCAGCGAGGAACCCAGUGGCAUGCCAGCAGGACAGAUGAUCAUGACCGUGAUGGUGAUCUCAUUCCUUGCAGCCCACGCCGCUGUGUGUUGGCAUUUCCACAAGCGACGCCACGUGGCCGACUUUUACAAGCAGGCGAUUGCAGAAGCCGGUUCGUCGACUACGGACUACUACACCGUCGGUCCGGACAACGAGCCCAUUGAGCAUACCUGGCACUACAUGGUGCGUCGGCAGGCCGGGGACAUUGGUGUCAAGGCAGACCAGUUUCUGAGACUGUCGGCGCCUUCGCUGAUGCAAAUGCUGCUGCCAUACCUAUGCCUCUUUGCACUUCGCCAUGACCAUCAUGUUUUCCUGGAUUUGCUAUAUCUCCGACCGCGCCAUGGGAACGUGUACGAGAUCAUCGCUUGCAAAACUCGGCAGCAGAACUUUUUGGAGGAGCGACAGAAACAGGAAGGACUGAAUUCGGUCCAGUUUGUUCGACGUAUCAAGCCUUCCGACGGUGACGAGACCAAGAUCUUUGUCAAGCCACGCUUCGGGGCUUUCGGUGAGGAUUGCUGCGUAAUGGCUUCGCAAGCAGCAUUCCACAUGUCGCCAAAGCGCGCACGGCAUAUGGUCUUCGAGGAGUUGCUGAAAAACCAUCCGGUCAUCGAGAAUGUGGUUGGGGAGCAGGCGCCGCUGUGCACGCUGCGGAUUUGGACAUCGCGGUGGAUCCCGAACCGACCGAGCACGCAAGCGGCUUUUUUGGUGGCCCGUAGCGGCUACAUUAGCAACUGCAAGAAGAAUGAGUGCUGCAAAGUCGACCUAAAGACCCAGACCACCGCCGUCAAGAGCAGCGAGGCCACUUUUGUUCUCCCGUUCUUCCGGGAGGCGCUCUUCACGGCAAACUGGGUCCACGACCAAUUUCCCGAGGUGCCGUUUCUCGGCACAGACAUCGCACUUACUCCUGCGGGAGCGGUGCUACUGGAAACAAACUUGCUGUGCAGCUACAGCAUCUAUUCGAAACAGGUGGGCCUGGCAUAUGGGCUCGACGAUGUCGAGGCCUUCCUGGCUUACCAGGCCGCAGAUGAGAAGGUGGCGAACCUUUGA